CGGCGGGGCCGCCCCGGGGCAGUCGCGGCCAUGGAGGAGGCGCAGCGGCUGCUGACGGUGUCGGUGUGGAAGCUUUACCGGUGCCGGUUCCGGCGGGGCGGGCUCCGCCUGCACCGGAGCCUGCAGCUCUCGCUGCUCGUCCGCGCCGCUCGGAACCGGUACCUGAGCGCCCGCGCCGCCGCCGAGACCCUCCCGGUACCGGCGCCCGAACCGCGGAGGGACCCGAGCGGCGACACCCGGAACGUCCCGGGACCGAACGAACCGAACGCGGAGAGCCCGAACCGAGCGAGUCCCGGGAGUGAACGGCACCGGGGGAACCCCCAAAUGGACCGGACCGGGCUGAACCCGAACCGAGCGAACCUCGGGAGUGAACGGGAACGGGGGAACCACGCAAUGGACCGGACCGGGGAGAGCCCGAACCGAGCGAGCACCGGAACCGGGCAGGAACGGGAGAACCCCCAAAUGGACCGGACCGGGCUGAACCCGAACCGAGCGAGCCCCGGGACCGGGCAGGAACGAGGGAACCUCCAAAUGGACCGGACCGGGGAAAACCCGAACCGAGCGAGUCCCGGAACCGGGCAGGAACGGGAGAACCACGCAAUGGAUUGGACCGGGCUGAACCCGAACCGAGCGAGCCCCGGGGGUGAACGGGGGAACCUCCAAAUGGACCGGACCGGGCUGAACCCGAACCGAGCGAGCCCCGCCGGAACCGGGCAGGAACGGGGGAACCACGCAAUGGACCGGACCGGGGAGAGCCCGAACCGAGCGAGCCCCGGAACCGGGCAGGAACGGGAGAACCCCCAAAUGGAUUGGACCGGGCUGAACCCGAACCGAGCGAGCCCCGGGAGUGAACGGGACCGGGGGAACCCCCCUGACCGACCGACCCAGAUUCCCCCGGACCCCGCGAACCGGAACCGGGACCCCCCGAGCCCCCCAAUCCCGGCCCCACAGCCCGGCCCGGACCCCACGAACCGGAACCGGGACCCCCCCAGCGCUGCCCCCGGCCCGGUCCGGCCCGCCGGAGCCCCCCGGGCCGGGCAGAAGCGGCGGAGCAGCGGCUCGGCGGGGCCGGGCCCGGGGCCGGUUCCGAGCAAACGGGCCCGGCUGGAGGCGGAGGCGCCGCCGCUGCCCCCGGGGCCGCCCGGGCGCUGCUCGGGACCGCCCGCGGCCGCGUUCGGGCUCCUGGUCCGGGCCGUGGGGGCGUGCUGA